GUAGAUUAUAAAAACUAUGAAAAUGAGACUUGGUUUUUGGGAAGCAUCUUUCUGAUUCUUUGAACAGAUAGACCCCAGUAGUCAGUAGAAGAUGAAAAUGAGAAUGAGAAUGAGUUUAUCAAUUGACAGUAUUUUGCGUCCAAUCAACACAGCCCUCUUCUCCUCCAAUCCUUGCUUUCUAACCACCACCACUCCGGCCCUUUCGCCCACCGGAAUAACCAAACUUUGCUCUCAUUCUUUCUCUAACUCUACCAAUCUCCACACUCAAUCUGCUCUUCCGAAUCGAGCUAAGUUGGAGCCAUUCGAUGAGGGUAAAGUGAGUGUUUUGAAGCAGAAAAUCGAGCUGCUUGGGGUUUCUUGCAAUCAUUCUUGGGUGCCCGGACGAUACUAUAAUAUUUUAUGUCCUAAGUGCAAUGGUGGACAAUCAAUGGAGAGGAGUUUGUCAUUUCACAUUGUCCUAAAUUGGGAAUUUGCUAUGUGGAGGUGCUUUCGCUUUGAUUGCGGUUGGGCUGGUCGGGUGUUUUCAGAUGACCGGGAAGCAGAAAAUAGAGCAGAAAGGAAAUUCAAAUCACCUAGAGAAUCGACAGAAAAGAGCCUGGGUUUAGUGCCUCUUGGUGCAGGGGUUAUUGCCUACUUCCGUGAGCGAAUGAUCUCCGAGGAGACUCUGCAUAGAAAUAGUGUUAUGCAACUCUCUGGUAAUAAGCUUGUCAUUGCAUUUACUUAUAGACGAAAUGGAUUUCUAGUUGGUUGCAAAUACCGAGCAAUAGAGAAAAGAAGAUUUUGGCAGAUGAAGGAUACUGAAAAAGUGCUAUAUGGACUGGAUGACAUUAUUGAUGCAUCUGAAAUCAUCAUUGUUGAAGGUGAGUUAGAUAAGCUCUCGGUGGAGGAAGCUGGCUUUUACAAUUGUGUGAGUGUUCCUGGUGGUGCGCCAGGAAAGAUAUCUCAUACAUUACCAUCUUCUGAGAAGGACGUUGCAUUUCAGUACCUUUGGAACGACAAACGAUAUUUGGAUAAGGCUUCUCGAAUUAUCCUUGCAACUGACAGUGACACACCUGGCCGAGCUUUGGCUGAAGAAUUAGCUCGUCGUCUUGGAAAAGACAGGUGUUGGCAAGUAAGUUGGCCAAAGAAAGAUGAACAUAGUUGUUACAAAGAUGCUAAUGAGGUUUUGAUAUAUUUGGGACCAAGUGCUUUGAAGAAUUUAAUUGUAAGUGCCAAGCCAUAUCACAAAUCCAUGGAUGACCAAGAAGUAUGAAGUCUAUACUCUAUACUCUAUACUGUCAUACAGAAUUUCUCUAUCAUGCAAUUGCAACGACAGAUGAAGGACGCGAAAUGGUGUAGAUAGUGUCGACAGAAGUGAGUUUCUCUCUUUUAAUCUGAUUGUAGAUAAAGUGUAGUUGUACUUGUAUAUGAAACUGAGAGUGGGACAUAGAACUAGUUUUGAUAGAACAAGUAGUCUACUAUUUAGUAAUGAUGCUUAUGGUUGUCAUGAUUUACUAUGAGAAAUGUUCGUUUGAUUCGUGAACUAAGUUGCAUCAACAAAGAUUAGAAAGAGAGAAAAUUACAGGUCACAGAAUAUCAUUUGUAGAAUAUUCUAUUGAACAAAUUUGAAUAGUUGUCUCAAUGUUUCUAUA